AGAACGCGUUUUUUUCCUUCGGGGACAGUCCGUGUAGUCUCCUGUCCUUGCAGUCCGAGGGCGUUUUGUGCUGAACGUUGGUUGCAGGCAUGCUCGCGGCUUUGUUCCUCAAGUGUACCUGCCGGCUUCCAGUGCUUGGAACGCAGGAGAUGCUCUCGCCAGCAUUUCGGUGCAGCCCUGUAACGGCCUGGGGGCGCAACUUAAAACAAAGCGUGCAUUAAGAAGUCUCAGGGUAAUUCUUCACAGGGAGGUAGUACGAUGAAUGGAGCAGAGUGGUUAAGAGGCGUUUCAUUUAGUCAUUCGGAUGCAUCCCACAUGCAAAAUUUUAUACCAGAAUUCAGUACUGGAAUAAUUAUGUAUGGCCUGCUUCCAAGAGUGAAUCUGAAGCCCCUCGAAGUCGAGCAUCUGAAGUAGAAUCUUGGACGUGUGAUUUAGGAAGGGUUUGGAGUCUGGUAAGCUCUGGUGACCUGUGCAUCCUUCUGAAGAGGACCGAGAGGCCUGCUAUCGCUGAAUUCUAGGGGUCACAACCCCAUCAGAGCCCUGCCGGCCCCGCUCAGACAUCAUCAACAUGGAGUUCUGAAGUCCAUGUGGCUCCUAACAGUGAACCAGGUCUUAAGGAAAAUGCAGAGACGCCACAGUAGUAACACGGAUAACGGGCCACCUGAAAGAAAUCGCAGCCAAGCACUCAGCUCUGAGGCAAGCGUGGAUGAAGGCGGUGUCUUUGAAAGUCUGAAGGCAGAGUCGGCCUCCCCACCUGCGCUCUUCUCCGGUCUCCCUGGCCUCCCAGCGGGCAGCCUGCCCACCACCCCAUUCCCAUCCAGCUUGGUGCUGGGGGCGUCGGCCGGAGGCGGAGACGUGUUCAUCCAGAUGCCUGCGUCCAGGGAGGAGGCUGGGGGCCGGGGCGAGGGGGGCGCCUACCACCACCGCCAGCCCCACCACCACUUCCACCACAGUGGCCACCGUGGGAGCUCGCUGCUGCAGCACGUGGGUGGGGACCACCGUGCCCACUCGGAUGAGGGGGGCGACGAGCAGCCAGGGACCCCUGCCCCUGCCCUGUCCGAGCUGAAGGCUGUGGUCUGCUGGCUCCAGAAGGGGCUGCCUUUCAUCCUGAUCCUCCUGGCCAAAGUGUGCUUCCAACACAAGCUCGGCAUUGCCGUGUGCAUCGGGAUGGCCAGCACCUUCGCCUACGCCAACUCUACACUUCGAGAACAGGUCUCUCUGAAGGAAAAGAGAUCGGUGCUGGUCAUCUUGUGGAUCUUGGCCUUUCUGGCGGGGAACACCCUGUAUGUGCUCUAUACGUUCAGUUCCCAACAGCUGUACAACAGCCUCAUAUUCCUGAAGCCCAACCUGGAGACGCUGGACUUCUUCGACCUGCUGUGGAUUGUGGGCAUUGCUGAUUUUGUGCUGAAGUAUGUCACCAUCGCCCUCAAGUGCCUCGUCGUGGCCCUGCCCAAGAUCAUCCUGGCCGUCAAGUCCAAGGGCAAGUUCUAUCUGGUCAUCGAGGAGUUGAGCCAGCUGUUUCGAUCACUUGUCCCCAUCCAGCUGUGGUAUAAAUACAUCAUGGGAGACGACUCCUCCAACAGCUACUUCCUAGGAGGGGUCCUGAUUGUUCUCUACAGCCUCUGCAAGUCAUUUGACAUCUGUGGUCGUGUGGGCGGAGUUAGGAAAGCCCUGAAGCUUCUCUGCACCUCUCAGAAUUACGGCGUCCGGGCCACUGGGCAGCAGUGCACAGAAGCCGGUGAUAUCUGUGCCAUCUGCCAGGCCGAGUUCCGGGACCCUCUGAUCCUCAUGUGCCAGCACGUGUUCUGUGAGGAGUGCCUCUGCCUCUGGCUGGACCGGGAGCGCACCUGCCCGCUCUGCCGCUCGGUUGCUGUGGAUACUCUGCGCUGCUGGAAGGACGGGGCCACUUCGGCACACUUCCAGGUGUAUUAGGGCUAAAGGACAAGGAACCCGAGCUCCAAGGCACGCUCUGGAAGCUGAGGGAUGGCCUGCGUGAUUGGGUUCGGCUCCAGGGACUUCCUGGAACACAUGCCUCAAGCGUUUACUAUCAUUCCUCCUGCCUUUGUCCACCUCCUUCCCUAAAGCCAGGCCCCUGUGCUCCUGACCUUUACCUUUCUCUCCUGUCCUGUGGCAUAGUGUGUGCAUCCUCGGUGCGGCCAUUCUUCCCUUCCAAGGGAAGGGACUGGUGAUAGGUCCUUCCUGUUGUUAUUUUAACUCAUAGCGACCUGAUGCUGCAUCCAGGGAAGGGCCUGGAGAUCACUGCCUCUCCCCAGAUGGCACAGGUCUGCAGAUUGGAAUUCACUGUGGAGCACUUCUCAAAUACAAAUGCAGGGCCUCACGUUGUCCCUGCAAUAACUGAGCGUACCAAGCACGUCGUGCCGUCUGAGCGUCUGGCUUGGGUGACCUCUUGUAAUCCUCGCAAAAGCCCUGGGCUGGAGGUCCUAUUGUUUCCUCUGUUUUACAGAUGAGGAAACUGAGGCACAGAGCUCCACGUGGUCACUUUCCCAGGGUCACCCAGCCAGCAGGGGUGGACCCUCUGUCUGGCUUCAGACUCUCAUCCACCAUGGUCACCCGCCGCUCAGACACUAUAGGCAUGGGGCCCAGCAGAUGUGGCUUUUUAGAAGCACGAGAGGUGAUUUUGAUGCCCAUCCAUGGCCCAGGUGCAUAGCACAUUUGGUUUGGGCCCCACUGAGGAUGCCAACAGGGAGCACUGGCUCUGGAAAUCUAGCUGUGGCUGGAUUCAUGGAAAGAGUUGGUCUUUAAAAUUGCCAUUUUGCUGGGCUCUGGCUGGGAUGCUCCAUCGCAUUUGGGUAUCAAGAAUGACCAGCUUUGGUCCCGAUGCAGAUUUCACUGGAUCUCCACACCUGUCCCCAUUUCUCUCCUCCCCCUUCUAUUCUCAUCCUGCCCCUCACUUAAGUCUCAGCCCGUCAACAGUGCCUGUAGCCGUCACCGUCUCCCCUGAUGGCCUUGCGAGCAAAAUGAACAAUUCACGUUACGGAUUUUUCCACAAGCCUGGGUGGUGGCGUAGAGUGCAGUCGCGGUCAGAGUUUCUGUAAUCUUUAUAACAGAGAGGUUGAUCUCGGUAACAGAACAGCUUCUCCACCUGUGCGACCCUCCCUGCUUUGAAUGUGGGAGAAGAUGGCACAGGUAAUCACUUAGAAGCUUCUGGAAUCUUGCCUGCCCUAACCCUCUCCCCACUCUUCUUCACUCACCAUCAACCUCAGCACAAUGGCUGGUGCCAGCGGCGUUACAGAGAAAUCAGUCUUGUGGCUCAGGAGCAGAUUAGCAACAAAGCCCCAGCAGAAAUGGUAGGAGACUUGCUGCCAUCUCGCUCUCAGCCAGUAAUAAGCCCACCCCAUCCCUGAUAGUUUCAGGACAUUUGCCCCCAUGUGCUGCCAAGCCAGGACCUUUUCCUGUGCCUGACAUCCCUGGCUCUUUCCUGGUACCCAGCAAGACAUCCCUCCCAGGGCAGCAUGGCAUCUUUCAAGCUCUGUUACUAUGGCAAUGGCUGCGAUGUUACAAUUCCACUUGCCUGGAUAAUCAAGUCGGAAGGGGAAGCGGAGGGAAAGGGGGCCGGGUGGAUGCGGCUACUCUGGUCCCCCUGCCUUGAGGAAGAACCAAAGGGAAGCAACGGGAGCUUCUGUGGCUGUUUUUUUUUAUCAGAAAGAUCACUGCCUGCAGAUGCCAUCAAAGAGACACAAGAAACUGAAGCUGGAGAAGAUUUAUUAACGUGCUAGCUUGUGACAAAGUGGAUAAGGCAGAAUUCUGAUUCCAAACUCUGCAUGACUUUGGGAAGCCACUUCACGUCCCCAUAGCCAUCUCCAGGAUGAUGAAACCUUGUGUGUUGAUCUGCUGGAGCCAGAAAAACUAGCAAUUGUGGAAGGGUGGGGAAGGCACUCAUGGGUUUGCCAGUUUCACUCGUGCCACCAAAAUAAUAGAGAAGAGAAACCCACACGUCUCUAACAAUCUUCAAAUAAUGAGCCAUGCCUUCGACGUUAUGAACAGUGUCACACGUGGAGGAUACGUGGGGGCAGGUGGGAUGAUUUAGUUUAGAAUUUUACUUAUUCAUUCCCCACCCUCUGGGGGGAAGUUCCGUCUGGAGGUUUUCUUUUGGAUGGGAGGAACUUCCGCCCUAAGGAGGGACAGCAGCCAGUGAAGUGUCCCAACCAUCGGGCUGCAUAGGUUCCCCACCAUGAGGGUAAAAGCAGCCAAGGGUUGUCAUUGGAAAGAAGAACAUUCUCCAUUGCCCAUCCUGGCUCUGCAACUCCUUUGUUAUAAGCAGGAUUAAUCACAUAUUGGAUCGGAGUAUCCUGCUCUUAAUAUUUUAUGAUUCACUGACUCAAGUUCCUGAAACUCUUGGAGAUGGCCCUCUAAAUGUAAAAGAUUUGGGGCAUAAUAAAUGUGAGACUAAAAAGGCAAGCUUUGGACCUGGAUGGAACAGGCUCAUUACCUUCAUAAGAGGAGAAAGUGAGAGACGCUUGGAGGCACCAGGCGCCUAAGACUUCGGGUUGGGAAAAGGACAUGUAAAGUGAGUCCUGGGAUCUCUCAGUAAUUUUGCUCUGGGCUGAACAGAGCUGCCUUUGGCGUUUUUAAUUUUCCCUUAAGUUCCCUUCUGCCAAUAAAUAUCAUCUGUUGAUGAAA